GGGGAAGGGCGCCGGGAGGGCCGGGCCGCGGGGUCGAGGGGGUGGGGCCUGGGCCGGCGGCGGGGCCUCGGCCGGGUCGGGACUCGGGCCUGCGGGCGGAGGCUGCUGGCGCGCCUUCAGCAGAGCGGGUUCAGGUGAACUCAGAAAUCAGCCUUACAGGCCAUGCUGGUUUUAAGAUCUGUUUCUUCUCUUGAGCCCCAGCAGAAGAUAGAUGAACCAGUCCUCAUAGUGGAUGACCUCCCCUGCCUGAUCAACACAUGGGAUAGUACCUGGGAUCUGUCUAUCACUAGCCACUGAACUUAAUAAACCAGCUGAAUGAAGCAAUGUGAAGGCCUCCUGGAAAGGACUUUGAUAUCUGCAGGGGGGGAGGGGCCUGGGCACACCCCUUCCCCCCAGACUCCUCCCCCUCAGGGUCCACUCAGCCAUGGACUUUGGACCUGGGUAAAAGAAACUGCACGUUUUUUUAGUGGAUUUGACUUGGAUCCUGAGUUUUGGAAAUGGAAUGCUGAAUGGGGGUUCGAUGCUCUCCAGGGGAGCAACUAAGAGAAGAAAGGUGAUGUAUUUUAUGGGUGAUGGUGGCAUUUGGCUAUGAACUUAGAUGGAAUACCUUUAGAUGUCCUGUCCAUGUGGCAGGCUUCCAAGAGCAAGCGUUUCAAGAGCACCAGGUGCAUGACUGCUUCCUAAUUCCAUAGCCAGGGGAAGCUUUAUCCCUGGAACUGUGGUCAAGGAAACCCACGGGCAGCCUCAAGCCCUCCCUUGCCUGCCCUCCCCGGUGGGGGCCAGGAUGCUGAAGAAGCAGUCUGCAGGGCUUGUGCUGUGGGGAGCAAUCCUCUUUGUGGCUUGGAAUGCCCUGUUGCUCCUCUUCUUCUGGACACGCCCAGCACCUGGCCGGCCGCCCUUAGACAGUGCUCUUGAUGAUGACCCUGCCAGCCUUACCCGCGAGGUGAUCCGCCUGGCCCAGGAUGCUGAGGUGGAGUUGGAGCGUCAGCGGGGGCUGUUGCAGGAGAUCAGGGAGCACCAUGCUCUGUGGAGCCAGCGAUGGAAGGUGCCCACUGUAGCUCCUCCUGCCCAGCCUCGAGUGCCCGUGACGCCAUCGCCAGCUGUGAUUCCCAUCCUGGUCAUUGCCUGUGACCGCAGCACUGUCCGACGCUGCCUGGACAAGCUGUUGCAUUACCGUCCCUCAGCUGAGCAGUUCCCCAUUAUUGUCAGCCAGGACUGUGGGCACGAGGAAACAGCCCAGGUCAUCGCUUCCUAUGGCAGUGCUGUCACGCACAUCCGGCAGCCUGACCUGAGCAACAUUGCUGUGCAGCCUGACCACCGCAAGUUUCAGGGUUACUACAAGAUUGCCAGGCACUAUCGCUGGGCACUGGGGCAGAUCUUCCAUGAGUUCAAGUUCCCAGCAACUGUGGUGGUGGAAGAUGAUCUAGAAGUGGCACCAGAUUUCUUUGAGUACUUCCAGGCCACUUACCCACUGCUGAGGAAUGACCCUUCUCUUUGGUGUGUGUCUGCCUGGAAUGACAAUGGCAAGGAGCAGAUGGUGGACUUGAGCAAGCCAGAACUGCUCUAUCGCACAGACUUUUUUCCUGGCCUGGGCUGGCUGCUGUUGGCUGAACUGUGGGCUGAGCUGGAGCCCAAGUGGCCCAAGGCCUUUUGGGACGACUGGAUGCGCCGCCCUGAACAACGGAAAGGGCGGGCCUGCGUGCGCCCUGAAAUCUCAAGAACAAUGACCUUUGGCCGCAAGGGUGUGAGCCAUGGGCAGUUCUUUGACCAGCAUCUCAAGUUCAUCAAGCUGAACCAGCAGUUUGUGCCCUUCACCCAACUGGACCUGUCGUACCUGCAGCGGGAGGCCUAUGACCGUGAUUUCCUUGCCCGCGUCUAUGGUGCUCCCCAGCUACAGGUGGAAAAAGUGAGGACCAAUGAGCGGAAGGAGCUGGGGGAGGUGCGGGUGCAGUAUACAACUAGGGACAGUUUCAAGGCCUUUGCCAAGGCCCUUGGGGUCAUGGAUGACCUCAAGUCAGGUGUUCCCAGGGCUGGCUAUCGAGGCAUUGUCACCUUCCAUUUCCGGGGCCGCCGCGUCCAUCUGGCGCCACCACAGACCUGGGAUGGCUAUGAUCCUAGUUGGAAUUAACAGCACCUGCCUGUCCCUCUGGGGUUUUUUUCUUGCCAUGUCAUGAGCUGAGAUGGGACUGUAAUCCCUGAGCUGUAUCGUCCUGUCUGUGUUGCCCUUUUGGGUCCAUUUAUCUUUUGUUUGUUUUUCCUUUUGCAUUUUUUUUGAGUGGCAUUCAGGUGCGCAGAUAGGAUGAGGAUUAUUCUCCCGUUCUCAAGGGAGUCAGAGAAGAGGGGCCAUUCAGAGGUGUGUUGGGAGGUAUUGUAGAAGAAACCACUGUGUGGUAGGAGAGAGGAGCUUACUAGGGCCAAGAAUGUCCACUCCUGGGUUUCCUCCUAUGGUCUCUGCAGAGAGGUUGGCCAUGUCAGCUCUCUUGACCAGCCAGGGCAUGAACCUCCUCCUUUUUUCUCUUUUGUCACCUUUCCCCAGUGUGGAACUGAGUUGUGGAGAAGAGAAUGUAUUUGUGGCCAAAAUGAGGCUAACCAAAGGGGUGUCCCUGCAGGGCUGGAGUGGAGUUGAUGGGUUGCCAGGGUGUCCUCUAUCCUGUCCUCUCCUUAUCACUGAUCCCCUCUCAGCUCUUCUUUCUCUGCAGCCUAGAGCUUGGUAGUUCAGAGAUGAAAUGUAGAGGAGGAAAAGUGCGAUCUCCCCCUUGGCUCAUGCCCAGCUUUCAGGGGAAAGGCGGUGGGAGCAAAGCCCUCACUCCCCACCCAUUUCUUGCCUCAGAGAUACUAUUCCUGGACCCCCUUCUUUCGAAAAACGACAUCAGUCUCUGUCUUUCAGGAGACUUUCAUGCUGGCUUGAAGACAGAUGAGCUCCUCAUGUCCCUUUUUCUCCUGGGGUUCGGUGCGCAGGCCCCUCCUUGAGGAGGGCAACUUCAAGUGGCCUUCUUAGCUUGAGUUAGAGUAGCUGAGAUCGGGACAGCUCUAGUGCUGGAACAGGUCUUGCCUUCCCGCAGCCUCACAGGCUGGGAGAUGGCAGAUCAGAGAGAGACUUGUGUGUUUUUAUUGCCUGAGUUUAGUUGCACAGAAGAAAAUGGAAUCUACAGAAUUAUUUUCAAAAAUAAAGGCUGAAUUGUCUGAAAAAA